GUUCGGGGACCCAGCCGGCGGCACAGUCGCGGCUGGUGGAGCGGGAGGCGGAGUGGCAGCGUGCAGCGGCGCAGCUGACCACCACGGCGGCGCAGCAUUUCCACAAUGGCGGCGGCGCUGCCCGCCUCCUGGCGGGAGGGCAUCAUCACCCUCAUCUACAAGGGCAAAAGCCUGGACCGCGCCGAGCUGGCGUCGUACCGGCCCAUCACGCUGCUCAACUGCGACUUCAAGAUGGUGUCCAAGGCUGUCAGCGCCCGCCUGCAGCCCGCCCUGGAUGCAGUUGUGGAUGAGCUGCAGACCGCGUUCAUCACCGGCCGCUGGAUUGGUGACAACGCGCUGUACCUCCAAGGCCUGAUCGAAUGGAUGCGCCUGGACGUGGGCGCGGACGGCACGCCACGGCAGGGUGGUGCGCUGUACUUCUUGGACAUAGAAAAGGCGUAUGACCGGGUGCACCGGCAGUGGCUGUAUGCGUCCGCGGAGGGACUUGGGUUUGGGCCGCGCAUGCUGCGCUGGAUCCGCCUGCUCACUGCCAACGGCUCUGCCCGCGUGUGUGUGAACGGGAUGCUCUCUGACGCCUUCCCAGUGCUGAACGGCUUGCCGCAGGGCAGCACCGCCUCACCACCCCUGUGGGUCAUCCAGAUGCAGCCACUGACGUCCUUUCUGCGGCGGCAGGUGGAGCAAGGGGCACUGCGCACGCCCCUGUUACCCAGCGGCGAGCAGGCGCCACCGGCUGCCCACCACGCUGACGACACGACCCUCACGGCGCGCGACCCGGCGGUGGACGGGCCGGUCCUGAUGGGGGCAGUACAGCUGUUCUGCCGCGCGUCCAACGCCCGUGUCCAUCCGGACAAGAGCAAGGCCAUGGGCCUUGGCAGGUUUGCGCACCUGACGGGCCCUUGCCCACACACGGGGGUGCCGUUUACCACUGGCGCCGUGACGCACCUGGGUGUGCCCCUGUCGUGGGACUCGGAUGCGGCUGCAGCUGACUUGUACACCCGGCGGGCUCGCGGCAUGGCGUUUGUGGCGCGUCUGUGGGCUGCCCUGUCUCUGACUCUUGUUGGCCGUGUGCACAUUGCGAAGCAGGUGCUGGCGGCGAAGCUGGCCUACCACUUCAGCUUCCUCAACCCGUCGCCUGCGCAGCUGAAGGAACUCACCGACCUGGUGGACCACUUUGCUGCGCGCUCCAUGCACGCUGAGGACGCCAGCCUGGUGUCGCACGGGAACCCGCUCCCAUUUUUUGUUUGAGGAAUCAUCCUUACAAG